AUGGCAUUAUCCCAGCAAGAGCACAAAGAAACCCACAAUUUAGAAAUUAGUCUGAAUGCUAUGCUUACCUGUGAACGUGGGUUAAAUGUGGCUGACUCCGUGCAUAAUAAAGAUGACUCACUUUAUGGCUCAUCCGAUGAUGGCUUCUUUUAUAAUCCAGAAGUACUUCAAUGUACUUUUCCAGCUUUCAGUAAAAAUAUACUUAAUAGAUAUAAAGUGUGCAAAUGUGACAGAUGUGGAAAAACCUGCCCUUCGUCUUCCAAGCUUCAAAGGCAUUAUCUUACUCACACAGGACAGAAGCCCUUUGGCUGUACUCUUUGUGGAAAGACAUUUAGACAGUCAGCCCACUUAAAAAUACAUCAGCUCACCCAUACUGAACACAGUCUGUGUGAAAGACCUACAUGCCGGGUAGAAGCUGAAAAUCUGAAUUCGGUUGUCAGUCACCUGGGAUACUGCUUUGAAUUUAAAUCUUCUCGGCCUGUGGUUUAUUCCCAGACCUUGUCGCCAUUAAACCUAAUGGCCACAGCCAAGAUUUCCCCAUGGGCAAAAAGAACAGCAGAGUGGUUAAGAGGCAUUAUCAGUGUAGUGUUUAAGAUAUUUAAAGCACCUUCUAAACUUGAAAUACACUAUUUACUGCAUGCUGGACAGAAGCCUUUUGCAUGUUUAGUUUGUGGCAGAACAUUCAUGCAAACCCCCUGCCACUUGAGAAAUCAUCAUUUUAUCCACAUCAGAUAG